UGUGUGUGCGUGUGUGCGUGCGUGUGACCGUAAAGCAGGAAGCUCUGCAGUAAGUAACCAGUUAAUCCUCCUGCUGCUGCUGUGUUACCUGCAGGUGAAGAGAGAGCAGGAGGAGCUGCAUGGAGGACAACUGACCAGAAGACCAGACAUUAGCACCAGGAUGCCAGCCGGAGUUUGUGGCUGCUGUGGGCCGCUGAGGCCGAGGUACAAACGCCUGGUGGACAACAUCUUCCCUGAGGACCCCAAAGAUGGCCUGAGUAAAUCUGACAUGGAGAAACUCACCUUCUACGCCGUCUCUGCUCCGGAGAAGUUGGACCGGAUCGGAGCGUACCUCGCCGAGAAGCUGAGCCGAGACGUGGUGCGACACCGAUACGGGAACGUGGUGAUCGCCAUGGAGGCUCUGGACCAACUGCUGAUGGCCUGCCACUCUCAGAGCAUCAAACCCUUCGUGGAGAGUUUCCUGCACAUGGUGGCCAAACUGCUGGAGUCCAGAGAGCCGGACCUGCAGGUGCUGGGGACAAACUCGUUUGUGAAGUUUGCCAACAUCGAGGAGGACACGCCGUCGUACCACCGUCGCUACGACUUCUUCGUGUCCCAGUUCAGCGCCAUGUGCCACUCCACUCACGAAGACACUGAGACCAGAACCAGGAUCCGUAUUGCAGGGAUUAAGGGUCUGCAGGGCGUUGUGAGGAAGACGGUGAACGACGAGCUGCAGGCAAUCAUCUGGGAGCCUCAGCAUAUGGACAAACUGAUCCCCUCCAUGCUGUUCAACAUGCAGGACAGCGACGACUUGGACAGGGCGGGGCACCCCGGCACCCCCUCGGUGGGUCAGGAGGGAGAGGAGAACCCUUCAGCGCUGGCAGAGAGCUGCUUCAGAGAGCUGCUGGGACGAGCUGCGUACGGAAACAUGAACAACGCCGUCAGACCCGUCUUAGUCCACCUGGAUAACCACCACCUGUGGGACCCCAAUGAGUUUGCUGUGUCCUGCUUCAGGAUCAUCAUGUACUCCAUCCAGGCUCAGCACUCGCACCACGUGAUCCAGCAGGUUCUGAACCACCUGGACACCAACAACAAGAACACGCCGCGGGUCAGAGCCGGCAUCGUGCAGGUUCUGCUGGAGACCGUGGCCAUCGCCGCUAAAGGAUCCGUGGGCCCCACUGUGCUGGAGGUGUUCAACACUCUGCUGAAGCACCUGAGGAUGAGCGUGGACUUUGAGACAGGAGAAGGUUUGAGGAGGAACUCGAGCAGCAGCGUUUCCUCCGGACGCAGCAAAGAGAGCGAGGAGAGGAUCGUGCAGAACGCUAUCAUCCAGACCAUCGGUUUCUUCGGGGGAAAUUUGCCCGACUACCAGCGAGCUGAAGUCAUGAUGUUCAUUAUGGGGAAAGUGCCCGUCUACGGGACCCCCUGCCACACUUUGGACACCGUGAAGAUAGGGCAUCAGGGAACCAAGAGGAUCCAGACGAUGCUGCUCAGCUCCCUCAUCAUGGUGACCUCCUCCUUCAAGUCCAAGUCGAUGGCGGCGGCUCUGUCCCCCCCCUUCCUCGACCCUCUGUUCUCCAUCUCUCUGAUGGAGGACGGAGAGCUGCGUCAGCUGGUUCUGGAGAUCCUGCACAACGUCAUCGAUCGCCACGACAACCGCGCCAAGCUACGCGGCAUCAGAAUCAUUCCUAACGUUGCAGCGCUGAAGAUCAAGAGGGAGAAGAUCUCCAAGCAAGACGUUACAUUCAUGAAGAAGCACGGGCAGCAGCUUUACCGCCACAUCUUCCUCGGCUGUAAGGAGGAAGAUAACGGUCAUAAAAACUUUGAGCUGCUCUUCACCACGCUCGCUGUCCUCACCAUCGAACUGGCCAACGAGGAGGUGGUGAUCGACCUCAUCCGCCUCUCCAUCGCUCUGCAGGACAUGGCUCUGACUAACGAGGAGAACCUCCCGAUGUUGACCCGCUGUGCCGUCCUGGGUCUGGUGGCAGCGUACCUGAACUUCCUGAGUCAGAUGAUCGCUAACCCUCCAUUCUGCCAGCACGUCAGCAAGGUGAUUGAGCUGAGGACCUUGGACGCUCCGUUCCUCCUGCCAGAGCACGUCUUCAAAGACAAGUGUCCCCUCCCUGAGUCUCUGGAUAAAGAGGACAGACUUCUCUACUUCCAGACCGUCGAUAUGAGCGAGUGUUUAGCCGGACCGGGGUACAACGCUGAGAGACUCUCCAUCCCUUAUGUUCCCCAGGUCACAGAUAAAGACCGGAUGACGAGGAGGAAGAGCUUCGUGGACACCAUCUCUCUGCAGGUGGACAUCAUCUCCAACAUCCUGCCUGACAAGUCCCAGCUGGCCGAGGAGAUCACGUUCGAGACGCUGAAGAAAGCCAUCGACACGACGGGGGUGGAGGAGCAGGAGCGGGAAAAGAGGCGUCAGCUGAUGGAAAAGUUCCAGAAAGCUCCGUUUGAAGAGAUCGCCGCUCACUGCGAGUCCAAGGCGAACUUGUUGCACGACCGUCUGGCUCAGAUCUUCGAACUAACCAUCAGACCCCCCCCCAGUCCUUCAGGGGUCGUCUCCAUUUCCUCCGGACACAAUCAGUCCGUCCCCGUCUACGAGAUGAAGUUCCCCGACCUGUGUGUGUACUGAUCUCACACACACGCGCACACACACACACACACAGUGAUAUAUCAGCAAACUGCUAAGGAAGAACUCUCACUCUGUACUGUCGUUUCCUCAGACCAGCACAGCGUCGCACAAAAUGCAGAAAAACACAAAAAAACUUUAAUCUGAAAAUCCAAGCAAAAAUCAGUUUAUAAUCUCCAGUUAGUUUGACAGCCUUUUAAUGGAAAACGGUACAAAGAAUCACACAAUUCUGUUCAAAUCUACUUUAAAAACUUGGAUUUUCUGAUUGCUGAUGUUCUGCAUUUUGUUGCCUGACAUCCCUGAAGCUACACGAAUAAUAAGAGUCACGAAGAACAAACUAAAGCCACCAUCUUCCACUCCUUAGUGUUUAGAUGCUGAAAUAUGCCACUAUCAAAGGCUUCCCGCCUUGUACAUACGCUGUAGGGUAAAUCAAUCACUCGUUACAUUGGAUAAAACCACUUUAAAGCUUAAAAAACGUGCGUCUAGUGUUAGCUGUGAUGCUAAUUCUCCAGAGCCAGCUUCUACGUAUCUGUUCUCAUGUCUCACAAAUAAACCUAAAUGUUAAAUAUAUCAGUUAUCAGAACUGAAUUAACUUGUGGUAGAUUAGAUCUUAAGCUCUUAAAGGUAACCUAAGCACCAGAAACAGGCUUCAAGACGCAGCUAAGUUUCACGAGAGGAAACUGAAAUCUAGAGCAAUACUUAAGACGUGGUGAGAGUUUGUGUUCAGGACAAACGGCUCGCUCAUAGUUGGUGAUUUCCCUCUUUCUGUCGUGUCUUAUAUAGGUUUUAGUGCAUGUCAAUGGUCUGAAAAAGCAAAAAAAAGGUCUGGAAAAUAUCACUUUGGAACCCUCGCGCUCCUAUUGGCUAGCGCUCCAACGCGUUGUGCGUGAUAGGCUAAGGGCAGGGACAUCUUUAAGUGGUUAACCAAUCACAACAGAGCAAAAAAAAGGAUGGAAAAAGGUGCAAAAAAAAAAAGAUCCCGUUGAUUUUUCUUUAAAACUUGGAUCCUAAAUCCACCGAGAGAUGAUUUUUAGGUGAGAAAAAGUUAAAUUUGGGUCCUGUUUUGUACAGAAUGGUUAAAGAUGGAAAGUGAGUGAAAGAGACGAGGAAGAGUGUCGGGAUGUUUUGUGAUUUGAUCGAGUACGUUUCAGAUGGUUUGGGAAGUUAAAGGAUGUGAAAUCACCAACAUGAGCUGAAGCAUUUGAUCUCUAACAGGAAGUCAGUCUUCUUCAGGAUCAGUUUGAGAGUCUGUUUCCACCUGGUGUUAAAUCAUGUGUAUCUGUACGUCAGGAACAAUACAUGUCAAUGCAGCAGAACACAGUGUUUCUGGAUAUGGCUUUAUGAUAGAAAAUGACCACGACUAUUCUUUUCUAUCAUAAACCGUUGGUGUAUUCAACACUUCUGAGUUCACAACAGGACUCUAUGAGUAAUAUGCACAUAAACAUCUGAGGCUCCUAAAUGUUGAUGAUGCAUGAUGGGAAAAGUGUGCAUCGUGCAAGCUGAUUGGCUCUUUACUAUGGGGGUAACAGGAAACAACAACAGGAACCUUUUCAAGUGAGAUUUGACAGCUUUUACAAGUAAUAUUUUACAGUUCAUCUCAAAUGAAUUGUUCCAUGUCGUGUCAGCAAAGUCUUAUCCUCAGUCAGUCAGACAGCAGGCCGUUCAAAUCCAUUCAUAUUGAAGCCUAAGGUUAAUUUGAGAGCCUUUAAUGUCGCUAAAAAGCAUAAAUAAUCUACUUUUAAACGUGUGAAAAUCAAACUACAAUCCCAUAUUAUUUACAGACUUGCUUCGUCCGACACAUUAUGGAUACAAAUUAUAAUUAUUGCUACAAUUAACGUAAGAAAACCCACUUCUUCACAGAGUCAAAGUCCAUGGGGUCUUUUGCCAAAAAAGUAAAGAAAUAAAGGCAAAAAUACUAGGAAAUAAGGCCUUUAAAAGUUACGUUUUAAAAGUUAUUUAACAUCCAAUUUGGUCGAUUUAGAAGUAAGAGAAGGAGUCGUUUUUGGAGCUGUCGUUAAAAUGAAUAAAAGCACGACAGUAGGCAGUUAAAAGUUGGGUUUCAUAGUUAAUACUCACAUUAAAUCUGGUCCGAUAGUCGUCACAUGACCCUUAUCUUAGCAUUAAUUGAACAUCAUUUUGUACGUUCACCUAAAUGCAGCGUGGAGAUCAUGUUUCAGCUUUUAAAAGUUGAGUUUAACACUUAAAAAGCAAUCAAUUUUGAUCCUUUUGGUUUAAAAACAGUAAUGUUUCUCACUCUCCUGAUAAGUGGGGUGUAGUUGCAAUAAAGACCAUGACUAUCCACUAAAAAGAAGAAGGACAGACGCCUCCAAAAGCUGAUUUUCACACUUAAUUUCUAACCAAAUUUGGUCGGUUUCCAACCAAUAAAGUAGUCCCUCUUUGGCUGAUAUGAAAAUGGAUGCUUGGUCAGAUUGUGCUUCCAGAUACAGAUGUGUGUUUAAUACCAGGUUUAAACAGAGGCUUUGUUCUGCAGAUGAAGCUAAAUAAACGUACGAGUGGUUUAAAGUGAGUUGACCUGCAGAGUGUGUCCUCUAACGUGAGAAAGACGGAGUUAUGAGCCUCAAAUAAAUGAAGAAAGCGUUUUAUAUUCCCCGUGUAUAAAACCCAUCCUCCACCGAUGCAUCAAAGUGAUUCUAUCUUUUAGAAAUCCACGCUGCUUACCGUCAUGCAAACUCAUAUCAUAGCGCUACGUUAAAAACAUGCAUCAUGUGAACGAGCUGCACGAUAUCACGCUAACGAAAAAAAAUGUACUUUUAAAUCCGACUUUUCUCCGAGGUGAUCACAAAGGAGCCAGCGCAGUGCACACGUCACUGAUUUCACUCUGGAGGAAAGUCCGAUUGGUUUUAGCUGGAGUUAUUUCUUUACGAAUGUGUCAUUAUAGCGGUGUUUCAUAUAUAUUUUUGUACAUUUUAUGCAUCACAUGCGGUCACACUGUUGCCGGGUAGAGAUUUAGAGAGAGGGAGAUUUAUUCUGCAGAUCAAAUUUAUCGAGAUGACGAUAAACGCUCAUCUGUUUUUAUUUGAAAUUACAUUUGUUUGUUGUUUAUUGAAGAUGACGGUUCAGGGUUUCAAUGAGAUGGUGGGAGAAAAGAUCCCAUUCAUACUUCAUUUCUCGGUCUUAUCCAUCGUAUCAUUUCAAUAUGCUGACUUACUAACAAAUAUUAUAUCUAUGGUCAGUUAUUUUUGCAAGAAGUGGAGUAAAUCUGUGCUUAUUUUAGCAUUUCAAUUGUGUUUUUUUGCACGGAAGUUGCAGCUCAAGAUGUAUUCAAUAUUAAAGCUUUAAAUUCACUUACACUUAUUUUUGCAAAGACAGUUUUACAUGUUUCACUAUUCUGCUCACGAGGAAAUGUCAAAAAACUACUUUAUUUCAAAAGAAAACGGACAUUUCUUAAAACUGCUUUCACCUUUUUGUUUAUUUUCCAGCGGCUCCAGUAUUCAAAUGAUCUGUAAAUGCAUUUAGAGUGAAUUAUAAGGUUUAUUUCAGAGCCUUUCAUGUCCUUUAAAUGCAAAAACAAUUGAGUUCCCGUUGUUUAAUCCGACAGAUAUUUAGGGUUAGUUGCACGAUAAAUACUUUGCUCAGAAAGACACAAAAAUCAUGCCUUUAUUAAAAGUUGUGCUCUAUUAAAUUGGCUGUAAUCUGAAUUUGACACCGUCUCUAAUUGAGUAAAUUAAGUUGAGUGAAUCUGAGCUGCAACUUCUUGUCAGUAAAUAAAAAAAGGUAUAAUAAUAAAGUAUAAAUCUGAUGCAGGAAGCGAUCAGUCUGUGAAUCUACUUUUGAUAAAGCACAUUUAAUAGACUUAGCUCAUUUAGACGGUGUAAAAUGUGUUGCUCAAAUGAGAUGCUGAACAUGUAUUAACCGUCAUAACGAAAUAUGGUGUUUGCACUUUGAUCACUGUGUACUGGUACUAUAGCAAAAUAAAUCGCACAGAUUCAUGUCG